UAGGAGCAUAUGGGUGUCACGCUGACAUCACAUCAGUUAUGUACCGUCAUACAUCAUUAGGGGAGCCUUUUCUCCCUGGAUGGUCCAAGGGAACUUGAAGAGCAGCCAGUCGAGUAAACCAUCAUGAGGUGUCCCCAACUGUCAGACAUCUUUCGUCUCAGAUGGCAUGACAUGAAGUUGCUCUAUCCCUAAACAUCAAAACAAACCCAAGAUGAAACACCUUACCCUCGAUCCAUCGAAGCGGAUUCCCCUGCUCCGGGAGGACGCGAAAGGCGGACUAGUUCAGGAACGCAAGCCGCCGGAACCCAAGAGCAUCAAGGGACGGUACGGACCGGCAAGCGGCAGUGGAGCCGAGGACGCGAGCGUCUUCUUCAUCGGCACGGCGACGACGAUCCUCGAAUGGCAGGGGAUUCGCAUCUUGACGGAUCCCAACUUCCUCCACGCGGGCGACCAUGUCCAUCUCGGCCCCGGGGUCACGGCCGAGAGACUGACUAACCCGGCAGUUGACUUGCAUGACCUCCCCCCACUCGACGUCAUCCUGCUGUCCCACUACCACGCCGACCACUUCGACCAGCUGGUGGAGAAGUCGCUGCACCGGGACUUUCCCAUCAUCACCACGCCUCACGCCAAGGGGUGUCUGACCUCGUCGGAGUAUAAGACGGAGGACGACGGGGGCCCGUUCCGGGCAAUCCACGCGCUGGAUGCCUUUGCUAGCAUGAUGCUCGAUAUUCCCGACGGGCAAGGACCUAAUGAGGGAGAGGAAACAUCGGAAGGGAACGAGAACCGGGGUGAGAAAGGAGAAAAGAAGAAGCGGAAAACGCGCAUCAAAAUCACGGGGAUGCCCGGAAAACACGUCCCGCCCGGACCGCUCUCGAUUGUCAACGACCUCCUAGGCGCGGUUCCGCCCACCAACGGAUGGAUGUUGGAGCUCGGCUACGGCCCCGGGGAGAAAGGCGGGGAGGAGGAGGGGGAGGAGGAGGAGGGGGAAGAGCAAGAGAGCGAGGACGACACGGCGAAGACGGGCUACCGGAUCUACAUCUCGGGCGACACGCUUUUCGUGGACGAGCUGAAGAAGAUCCCCGAGUGGCUAAAGCAGCAGCGCGUCGACCUGAUGCUCCUGCACCUGGGCGGCACCACCAUCCCGAGCCCCAAGAUGCCGCUGCUGAUGGUGACGAUGGAUGCCGAGCAAGGCCUGCGACUGAUGCGGCUCGUGGACCCGGAUGUCACCAUCCCGAUCCACUACGACGACUACGACAUGUUCCUCACGCCGUUGGACGAUUUCAAGAAGGUCAUCGAGGAGGGGAAGCUGGAGGACAAAGUCGUGUAUCUGGAUCGGGGGGAGCAGUUUCGGUUCAAGGUGCGGGGUGGCCUCUCAGCAUCGCCCAGUAGUGUCCUUUGAGAUCUCUCACGAGACUGUCGCAUCCGCUGUAUCGACCGUGCCAGCACU